AAUGUCAGAAGCUACUGGGACAUUUCGUUUUAGACCGUUGGUAGAUGUGAAUACGCCUUCUGGAACUUCAUGGUUCGUUUCCUCCGUGUUUGCAACAUGGCGGGCGCAUACCAAACAAAUAAAUAAACAGACAAGACAGAUCUGUCCUGGAAGAGGUCCUCCUUUUGACAUUGUUUCUAGUUUUACUUAGAGUGAGUUCGAACAACUUAUUUGAAAUAUGUCAAAGUGACCUCAGUUAUCUGCUGACCAGCGACUGCUAUGUUUUUCUCGAAUCUAACAGAAAUUCCAUUGUUUUCCUCUGAAUGACAGUCACAGUUCACCAUGAAGGACAGAAGUGAUACUAUAAUUUUUAAUAUAAGUAAAAAUGAACAAUUUCGCCUGGAUGAUACCUACAAAACACUCCACCGAAAACUUAAGGGAAGUUGGCGUGUUGUUGUGAACAAGGAUGACAUAAAUCUUGAAGCGAUCACUGGCGCUAGCCUCUUUGUCCUUCCCGGGCCCCGCCAGAAGUUUACUGAGGCAGAAGUAGACACUCUAAAAAAAUAUUUAGAAUCUGGGGGUAGCAUAUUAGUUUUGCUAGGUGAGGGAGGUGAAAAGUCAUUCAAUACCAAUAUUAAUUUUAUGUUAGAGGAAUUUGGCAUCAUGGUUAAUAGUGACUGCGUAGUUCGCACUCAUUACUACAAAUAUUUUCAUCCAAAAGAGUGUCUGGUAUCAGGUGGAGUGCUAAACAGAGGUGUCACUGAGGCAGCAACUCGUAUUGGAUCUGCUGGGUCAACUGGGCCCUCAGUAAAUGGCUACUCUAGGUCAACCAAUGGAACCAACCACCAGUCAAAUCUGAAAUUUGUUUAUCCAUUUGGAGCAACUUUGAGUGUUGCCAAGCCAGCAGUCGCUGUUCUUUCUACGGGGACUGUUGCCUUCCCUCUCAAUAGACCUGUUUGCGCUUUCUAUUCCCAUCAGCCAGCUGGGGGCUCCUCACGCUCCACUGAGAGAAGCGGGAGAUUGGUGGUCCUGGGUUCUGGUCACUUCUUUGCGGAUCCAUAUUUGGAAAAAGAAGACAAUGAUAGGCUACGUGAUGCAAUAUUUCGCUAUUUAACAACCGAUCAAGUUCAGUUGAAUGCAGUAGAUGCUGAAGAUCCUGAGAUUGCUGACUACACGCCUGUACCUGAUAUAAGUUACUUAGCUGACCGGCCCCGACUUUGUCUUCAAGAGAGUGCCGUUGACAUUCCUCUGGACUACACUUCACUGAUAGACACUCGGCUAUUUUCUCUCCAUACUGGAGUAGUGGCCGAUGCAGUCCGGGCCUACGAAACUCUUGGAGUAAAGCAUGAGCCACUAAGGCUGAUAACUCCCCAGUUUGAAACACCCUUGCCUCCCUUGCAAGCUGCUGUGUUUCCACCAUCUUUUCGAGAGCUGCCACCACCUCCUUUGGAGUUGUUUGACCUAGAAGAGGCUUUCAGUUCUGAUAGAUCCCGUCUCGCUCAAGUUACCAACAAGUGUGUGGUCCCUGGAGGGGCAGAAGAUAUAGCAGAUUUAGAGUAUUUUGUUCGUGAAUGUGGGCGCAUUCUAGGGGUUUCUGGAAAUGAAAAUGAGAGUGCCCAUUCUAUUUUACAUAGUGUUGCUCUGACUAUAGCUGAUUUUAAAAAGAGUGGGCAGAUUUUAAGAGAGGGUACUUAG